ACCUGAUAGACAGGCCCCGCCCACUUCUCCACUCAGGUAAUAAUAGUUGGCACGUCGGUAAGCGCGCGCACCCCGUUCUCGUUCACCACGCGUUAAAAACGGCAGAACCUCUCCCGGAAUCAUACGUCGAGGUCCCAGCUGAAACCCGCCGACGGAGCACACCGACAUCACAGUGCCGAUCUGCUUUUGGAGGCUGCUGAAACCCGGACUCCCUCUCGCCACAAUGGAGGUGGAAGACUCCUGGAAGGAAGCAUUGGACGGCUCUGAGGAGACGUCCUGUGACGCUGAGGUGCUGCUGGGUAGCUCCGCCCAGAAUCUCUCUCUGCUGCCACCAUCUCCACCGGAGCCUGACGCUCCGCCCAUCCGGCGCUCGCAGCCAAUCGUCAUCACCGUCAACAGGGCGAAGGGCGUGGAUUCCCUCUCUUCCUCCGUACCGAAUCCUUUCCCCGAGCUGUGCAGCCCCUCAAAGUCUCCGGUGCUCGUUGGUUCCUUUCCCCCCCCGACCAGCAACAAACACCUGAUCAAGGUGUUCGGCGAGGACAGCCACAGCCGGUCGGUGUGGGUGUCUCGAGGCGCUACGACCAGGGAGGUUUGUCACAUGCUGGUCCAGUCGGCUCACUGCAGCGAUCAGGAGAGCUGGGCCCUCCUAGAGGUCCACCCCACGCUGGGUCUAGAGCGCUGUCUGGAGGACCACGAGGUCGUGCUGGAGGUUCAGGCCACCUGGGCACUCAAAAGUGACACCAGGUUCGUUUUCUGCAAAAACUACGCCAAGUACGAGUUCUUCAGGAAGCCGAUGGCCUUCUUCCCAGAGAGCAUGAUCUCCGACAGCGCUGACGACCGUAAAGGGAUGACAUCAUCAGACCUCAUCCAGAACCUGCUUGUGUCUGGGACCUGUCCAGAGAUCCAGGGCUUCCUGCAGGUCAAAGAGCCCAGCCGUAAAUCCUGGAAGAAGGUCUAUUUCUUCCUCCGCCGCUCCGGACUCUACUGCUCCAAUAAGGGCUCCUCCAAGGAGCCUCGACACCUGCAGUACGUCGCCGAUCUGGACGACCUGAACGUUUUCACGGUGGUGAACGGCCGAAAACUGUACGGAGCGCCAUCUGACUUCACCUUCAGCAUCAAGCCUACCAAAAAUCCCCCCCGACUUCAGGACCUGAAGAUCUUGAGUGCCGACAGCGAACAGACUCGAACGUGUUGGACAUCGGCUUUCAGGCUCUUCAAGUACGGGAAGCAGCUCCAGUCCAAUUACCAGCUGUCAAAGGUGCCUCCGCAAAAGCCGGAAGGAGCCAAGGAUGUGAAAGCAAAGUCGGAGGCCAGUCUGGUGGCCAUGGACUUCUCUGGGAAGACCGGAGGACGGGUCAUCCAGAACCCUGCGGAGGCCCAGAGCGCUGAGAGGGAGGAGGGACAAGCCUGGAGGAGAAGAGAAGCUCUGAGGAGCAGUCUGCCUAACCUAAACUCUGCAGCCAAACCCUCCACGGCCAUCCACAAGUCCCAGCCCUGGUUUCAUGGUCGCGUGUCCCGGAAGGAGACUCAGAGGCUCAUAGAGAAGCAGGGCCUCGUGGACGGGAUGUUCCUGAUCCGCGAGAGCCAGCAGCACGCCAAGUGCUUUGUCCUCUCGCUGUGCUACAAGCUGAAGACCAAACAUUACCUGGUGAUCCCUUGCGAGGACGACGGCCGGAGGUACUACACCAUGGACGACGGCGUGACCCUCUUCAUCGACCUGCUGCAGCUGGUGGAGUUCCACCAAAUUAACAAGGGCAUCCUGCCCGUCUGCCUCAAGCACCCCUGCGUCUGUGUGGCGCUGUGAUCCCCUCCACCAAUCGGUCACCCUCAUCCCGAACAUGUGAUCGAAGAAGCUGAGCUGAUGAAGGACUGUGAGGAAGAUGUUGAGGCUUUGUGAGACGUGGCUGCGGGCGGGGGAGGGUUUACCUCCUCCUCCCCUCUUAAGUAUUUUAAUUUUUUAUGUUUUAACCAGCGACGCCUCAUUGGCCUGUCUCCGUGGCAACUGCUGAAUCAAGCGCAUGAGUAGUGCCCUUUGAUCCGGAUCCACUUUGAUCUAAAUGUUCUUUUCACUGAGCGACUGAGGCCACCAGAGGGCGCUCGGACCCAAUCUCCUCCUCCAUCCCCCUCCCCCUCCCUGGAGAAGACUUGAACACAUGUGCUUUUGAUAUUUUCCAUGGAUGUUAUAACUGUGAACCCAUGAUGCGAUCAUGUAGCGGAGCUCCUUAACCUUUCUCGUUUGUAACUGGAGUGGAUUCAGGACGCUCUCAUCGCUGUAUUUGCACAACGAUCUGCGUUUUGUAAUGUUUAAUCAACCGAAUGUAUUAAUGCAGACAGGCUUUUUAUGAGGAUCUAUUUUUACUUUUGUUUUAUUGAGGAAGACCUAGGAUCUGGUUAAACUUUUUGGUAACACUAUUUUACAGGCCUGUUUUCCUGCUGAUUUACAAAGGGAAAGUCAACAAUUACAAAUAUUAAUUAAAACCAAAUGACGCAUUUAAUUCUUUGGAACUUUAUAAUUGUGUUUCUGACAUUUUUGUUAAUGGUUUUUUUUCUUUUACUUUGAUUACUUGCACUGUUUGCCUUUUAUCAUGAGAUGGUAUGAGUAUGUCUUUUAUUUUUUUUAUUUGGGUUUGUUAGUGUAAUACAUUUGAAAUUAUUUUGUGGGCAUUUCCUGACCCGCUUUUAUAUUUUUGAAUAAACCGUUUCAUAUUAAA